GAGCAGGCGGCUGGGGAGGCCACGCAGCGCUGGUUCAGGGCCUGGGCCAUCGCCCCGGACAACCCAGCAGCAGAGGUCCUGCGUGCCCUCUCCACAGAGAUCCACAAGAAGCGCCACAGGAGCCAGAGGAUCAGGUUCAAGCAGAUCGACGAAGACAUGAUCCUCGGCCCAACCACCCCACCGUCCGCCGACGAGCUUCGCUUGGACGCGGGCCUGGCCAGCCCUCGUGCACCUCGGGGUGCCCGCUCGCGGCUAGCCCGCAAAGGGCGGGCCGUGGCGAUGCCGGAGCUGGUCCAGCCGCUGGCCCUGGGGCGGGCGCGCGCGAGCCUGCCAGUGCCACCCGCCCACCCCAUGGUGGGUGGGGAGCACUACGGCGAGUGGCUCCGCGACCUGCGCACGGAGUUGAUGCUGCAGAAGCUGAGCGAGGGCGCCCGCAGCGGGCACGAGGGCGGGCUGGGCCCGUGGCUCCAGGGCCGGGGCCGCGGCGAGCGGACCAGCGACGAGGACGCCUUGAUCGACUUCGUGGUCAUCAUGGCGGUGGCGCUGUCGCGGACGGAAGGGGCGGUGAAGCAGAAGCUGUUCGCCAUCAGGUACGCCCGCCUGAUGGUCGGGUACCGCGACCCGCUGCUUCACUGGGGGCGACUCUGGACGACCCUGGCCGGCCUGAAGCGGAAGAGGCCGGUCACCCCGCGGAUGCUGCUGUGGCUCAAGCAGCACAUCCAUGCAGAUGCGGGGUUGUCCCAGGCCGACGCCGCCGCGCUGUUUGCCGCGGUGCUCCUCGCCUUCUUCUUCCUGUUGAGGGCGUCGGAGUACCUAGUGGUGGCGGGGAGAUCGCGGUCCGUCGACAGGGUGGUCCCCGGAGAGGACCUCGAGGCGAGGCUCGAGGGGGAGCGCGUCGGCCAGUUUGCCCAGGGCUCGAAGACGGACCAGUACAAUGUGGGGACGGUGCGCAACCAGUACGCCACCCACUCAGCGCUGUGCCCCGUCGAGGCCCUGGCGGCUAUGCAGGCCCAGCACCCGCAGCGCUUCGACUGCGGUGCGGAGGCGCGGCUGCCCCUGUUCCGGUGGGCCUCGGGAGUACCCGUGAAGCGCGAGGAGGUGCAGCAUUUCCUCGCGCUGGCGGGCCUGGCGGCAGGCCUCAAGCGUGAAGAGAUCGGCUCCCGCUCCCUGAGGAUCGGCGGUGCCACGGCGAAGUACCGCGUCACGGACGACCUCGCCAAGGUCCAGAGGUACGGGAGAUGGGCGUCGGACUCGUUCCAUGCUUACCUCUGGGAGACGCACGAGCCGCAGCGUGACGUAGCCAGGCGCAUGGCCAACGACCACUCGGAGCUGACGACGCCAGCAGCGAAGCCCCAGGAGAGAGCCGCCGGCGCUAGCGCCAGGCGUGCCCCCCCCAGGGGCUUGUCAGCCCUCGGGGCCGCAGCGGCGGCCGCGACCACACUGGGUCAGGCUGCGGCGGCCAGCCAAGAGCUGGCAGUGGUGGAGGAGGACAAGAAGCAAGUCAGCGUGCGCCUGGCGGCGGACGUGGAGGACAUCACCGUCGCGAUCCCCCUGGAGAUCAUGGUGAAGGUCAUCAUCUCGCUGGUGGUGGUGCUGGCUACGACGUUGGCGAUGGCCUGGGACUGCUGCGGUGAAGGGAUGGAGUGCUCCGCCGCCGGCCACGGCCUGGCGUGCGGAGCCGCGCCGGCGCAUGACGCCAGGCGUAGCGCUUCGAGCGCCCGCGGGCAGCUGGGCGCCUGCGGGCUGCGAGGCGCUGGCGGCGGCGACUGGGCGCCCGUGGGGCAGCCAGGCCGCCUGGGCCCCUGA